GGCACGAAACAAAAGACGUCAAAGUCGCAAAGUUUCGGUGACCGAUUGCACGGUGAUACGCGAGCGAUACAAUGAGAAAUUAUGCAGAAGCAGGCGAGAAUCGCGCGAGGAACGGUGGAAAGGCGCGUGCAUAGCGAGAAAUAAUCGUGGAUGAAGAUCGGACUGUGCGUUAAGAUGAUUAGUGGCAUUCAAAUCGCGUUGAAGAAUGCCAUUGAUGUGAUAGCACCGCCUGCCACGCCGUUGCAAGACUUCACCUAUCACUGGAAACAGCUUAUGAACUUCUAUGUGAACCAUUUGACCGACUGCAAAGUACCCAUACAAACCACAGGCAUACCGAGACACUUGGACAGAUUACUGGAGAUCCUGCUCGAAGAGGAGAAAGAUGAAAACGAACCAGGACCGUGUUUGGAGUACCUGUUGCAGCACAAAUUGCUGGACCUACUGGCUACACUGGCCAGCGCUGAAACUCCACCCGGAAUGAGGACAGUUUGUCUGUCCUUUUUGAGGAAACUACUGGGAAGAUCGAAGUAUCCCCUGUUGCACCACACGUCCAUCUACGGACCGGUGCAACGACUGAUCGCUCUUUGCAAUGGAAACCCACCGUCGCCCAUGGAGGCUGAGGAGGUCCAGUUUCUCCUCACGCUUUGCUUCCUGGUCUGCAAGUACCCCCACGUGACCAACAUCAUAAACGACGCUCCUGUUGUACAGAGGCAGAACACGUCUGCUGGGAAGAACUCUGAGAGGCAGGAAGUGGAGAAGGUUACCUAUAUACCGGCCAGAAGGAAGAACAACGUUAAUCCUUUGUUCGAACCUCUGGACACUCAGGCGGUCACGCUUAUAAAUCCUAAUUUAUUUAACUCUGAUAACGAUAGAAGACGGUCUGUCGGGUCGAAUAGACCGUCUAGUAAGGCUGACACUACGCGUGGAUCAUCUAGUCAAUCGAACGGAUCGGUGUCUCUGAGGGAAGUGGAGAACGUCUCGCAGUCCUCGAGUCCAGCGACUCAGAAACCGAUUUGCGACGAGAGUUCGCGCGUUACGGAACAACCUUCUGAUUCUCAGGAGGACGACGCCUCGCAGAAGGCUGACGAUGCGGCUAUGAUGAACGAGAUAGACACGCAUCUGCAGAAUCUGCAGGAUCUGAGGUUGGACGUGGAGUAUGAAGGUGGUUACGAGGAGUCGGGUAGAGUAGAUAGGGAUGAGAGUUCGACGAGACCGAAGACACCGCAGAAAUCGAAAUGCCUUCUGUUAGAUGCCUUGUUGAGUUACAUAAAUACCGCGGACAAUACAGUGAGGAUAAAAGCCUGCGAGGGUAUCAUGGUUCUCGCGUCCCUGGAGGAUCCGUCGUUCGCCCAAAUGAUAGCGAACAGCGAGUUGAUGAUCCUGAUACCGAAUAGAUUAGAGAAUCUUUUCAACGCCAUUCCAGCGCACGUCGAUCCGACAGAAAUCGACGGCGUGGACGUCACAUGGGGCCUGGAUUCGCCGGCGUGGACGAAAGAGAAGAAGUUCUCCGGUUGCAGGCAGGUCGCUGCGUUUUUCAUGUGGUUCGAUUACUGCAAUCAGCUGAUUAGAGAAGCACAUCCGGCGGUGGCCGACGGACUGGCCAAGAGUAUCAGAAUAAAUUUCCUGGAGAAAAUAGUGACGCCAGCAUUGGCUGAGCAUCACGUUGUUCUGAUCACAGCAUUAAUUACGAAAUGCCUGAAGGAACUCACGUCCACGUCCCUGUGUGUAGAAAUAAGUUACUGGCUCGUGGGACAAGACAGAGGCCCAGAGAUACCGGACGUGUGGACGUCACCUGUAUUACACAGGCUGAUAGACAAUUGUUUAACGGACAGCGACGAUCUAACCUUGGAAACGUUGAAACUGUUCGAAGAAAUGGUAGAGAAAAGGAACGAGCACAUAUUGCACUGUCUCGUAUUGGUAUAUUUAUCAACGCGCGGUUAUUACGAUAACACCGCGGCCGAUAGCGCGAUUACAUCGUGGAGCGACGAGGAAGACGAGAGAGAGAGAGAAAAGAAGGGUGCGCUAGACUUGUCCUACGAGCAAAGUCACAGUCGAACGCUAGCGCCUAGUAAUAUUCAUAGAAUUGUAAAUUGUUUCCUGUCGCUGAUUCCGCGUUAUCUACAAACAGACACGGACGUGAACAAUUAUGAACGAUACAUGGCUGACCUGGAAAGGCAAUAUUCAACCGUGUUGACCGACUGCGCGUUGAUGGCCUGGCCGCUUGAAGCUGUGAGCGUGGACGAUUCAGCAAGUUCCGACUCCAGGCCAGAAGCUGACCACUGUUCUGUUAGGUUCUACAUGGGCCCGUUCAUGACGAUGCUCUUCGACAAGGUGGCCGGUAUUCCGAAGCAAAAGUACGAGAUCAACCUGCAGUUGACUGUGGUGAUCUCGAGGCUGGCGCUUUUACCUCAUCCGUACCUGCAUGAAUUUUUACUGAAUCCUCUAUUACCGUUGGCACCCGGCACAAAGAACUUGUUCACCUGCUUGCAAAAAGUCGUCAAGCAGCUGGUGAACGAGGUACCAAAGACGCCGGAUCACAAGCAAAUGUUGAAGGAGACGCGAGAAAGAUUGCUCGAGGACUGUUCUCACGACGGAGAAAAGGAGAAUAUCCUGCUCGAAAGUGUGAUCGUGACGGAGGAGUUCUGCAAGGAACUGGCCGCGAUAGCAUACGUGAAGUACCACCACUCUGUGUGAUAAUCGAUAUCAAAGAGAACGAUGUAAAUUAUAGGAUUUAAUUAUGAUACUAUGGCCGAGUAAAUUUACUUAACGAUCGAUCGUCAGUCUAGAUACGCUUAUAUAGAAAAUUGUUUUUUGUGAUGACUUUGUAAGAUAUACGUGUAUCCUAAGUA